AUGAUGUUGGGCAUCUCUCCCGCUGAUCCGUUUGUACGCGAGUGCGAUGUGCGGGAUCGCCGAUGCGCCCAUGCUCUCAACUGCGAAACCAUUCCCGAAGCCUUGCGCAGCACCUCCUUCUUCAACUCGACAGACAACUCCAAGCGCCGCGUCUCCACGCACCUCUUUUGGAAGCGCAUCUUGGGAACCAAUUCGCUCGUGUCAGACCAGCUGCUCAAGGUGUCGUGGUCGCUGCUUGAAUCCUGUUCUCAUGGCAUCCGCGGAAACGGUCAAGCGAAACAGGGUGCCGGCCAGCCCAUCUGCGUGAACCCCUUUCACUACGCACUGCCGGCCAAGCCUGCGCUUGAGCUGACAGAGGCUUUACAGGAAUUGUGCCGCACCAUUCAACUCCAGCCACAAAGCCAGGCGGGCGUCGACGGCAACGGUACCAAUCUCAUGUUUUUUUCCCUGACACAACCCUCGGGCAACCCCGGUCUUGGAACAGGCAACCUGCCUUGGGGUCAGUCCACUGGUUGGCUGCAGCACCAGGGCUUGCAGCCCAUGCCACAGGCCAUGCAAGUGCCACAACACUAUCAGGCUGGCCCGCCCACGGUCCAGUUCCAGCCCCCACCUUCCAUGGCUGAUGCCCGGUGGGCUUCUUCACAAGCCCCCAUGGCCACACAUGGCUAUGGCGACUCAACAAUCAUGAUACAGCCAAGCCAAUUCGGCACCAUGUCUGGUGGCAGCUCUGACAACGCUCACGGCCCGGCUGCCUCCCCCAAUUGGACCACCAACAAGGCUGACGCUUGGAGCUUGGGCAUGCCACCCGGAUCUUCGUCCAAUGUCGAUGCUAAACCAGACAUCAAGGGUGUCGCGGCGCACGCCUCACCACAGAUGCCUCGCAACAGCCGUCUCAGCGACGACGUUGAUCUGAGCUUUUCUCAAAACAUGCAGCCCCACGAUGACUCAUCAUGGGCCAACUACCCGCAAUCUGCCAUGGACCCUGAUGUAGAGGAAAGCCAUGCCGAUCACAUGAACGACCUCAGCUCGCGGCUGGGUGCCGCCGACUGGGAGGGCGUCGUGAGCAGCAGUCGCGUCUAUCCCCUGCUUGAGGGUCCUCAGUUUGAUGCAGCCUCUUCGACUUCUGGCUUGGUCGAGGGUGCAGCGCGGCGUUCCGCAGGCGGCAUCUUGCUCGCUGACGUAGCCAUGAUUCCCAGCGCCGAGGACAAGAGCAUGAGUUCUGCUGUGAGUAGACAAUCCCCUUCUGCUCUUGUUGAUACAACCCAUUCAGGUGACACAGCAGCAGCAUCCGCGGGAUCAUCUUGUCGAACUGGGCGCCAGAGCACAGCCGCUGUGGCGCCGAGUUCGUCCUUGGCCAAGUCUUCGCAGUCGCAGUCGCAGUCGCAGUCGCAGUCGCAAUCACAGCCACAGUCGAAGCGGUCAAAGCUUGCGACCUCGGCUCCCAGCUCCACAGAUGUGGGCAAGUCGAGUCCCUCGUCUUCGCAAUCAUCGCCAAAAGGCUUUACGCCUCUGCAACCGCUACCUUUGCAGCAACAGCUCCAACAACGACCUUCGUCGUGUCGUCAAGGAUCCUGUGACCGCUCGCUACACCACUUGAUGCAAGCUCCCAUGCGCAUUCCGGCCAGCAACACAGCCAGCGACGGAGGCUCCCCGGGCAGUGGCGUCAAGCGCUUCAAUCAAGGGGCCGAGGAUCGACCGCCUCGCGCUCAGCGGCCCUCCAACAAACGGCGUACAGUUUCUCGUGGUGACACAACCGUUGAACCACCGGUCUCUGAUCCUGUGAAGCGCAUCAAGUCUGCCAUCGACAUUCAUGCUGCUUGA